UACAGUAUAUGUAAAAUUCUGCACAAGCGUGGGUGGGCCGUGAGUCCUACACUCACAACAAAAUAAUAAUCGGGCUCUUCAUUACAGUUGAAAGGAAAUUCACGCCGUGUAUUGUUUUAUGAGAAUCGAUAGAUUAAGUCGGCAGGCUUGGCGUCACUGUUAAGAAUGAUUGUCAAUUCACGAAGUCAGGUUGUAAAUUUACAAAAUCGGUCCAUCGACGAAAAUUACUACGUAAUCGUUUUAAAGUUGCAAUGAAAAUUUUUGAUUCUGCUAAAAUUUAUAGCGGAAAGACAAAAACAAGUAGCUUGCCAAAUUCUGUAGUAAAUUUAUCGUGUUUCGUAACCGAAUAAAAUUUCCAAUACAGUGCAGAAAGUUCCAUACAGAAAUUUUUAACAGUGGUGAUAAAGCAGAGAAAAAUUUCAGACAAAGUAGCGACACUGUACACAACGCGACAUUAAACUUGUCAAAGGAAAUGACGAUGUGAAAUUCGACGAUUCGUCGAUAAUGAGAUUUCGAGGAGGUCGCGUGGGGUUAAGCUUAAGCAGAACUUUGAACAGGUUCCGCCGGUCGUUUUAGUCAUUCUUCGAAUCCCUCCGAAGUCGGACGGUGCGAUAAUUAUCCAGUAAGUUGAAAACAACGGUCGUAGGAUAGCUGCGAGGUUUUGGUAUUCCGUAAUUCACGACGGAUCGGUUCGACGAAGGCUAAAUCAUGCAGGAAGACGCACCGCCCUCGAAGAGGGAAAUGCACUGGCCGACCGUUCUCUGGUACAUUUAUCUGCACGCCCUCGGUCUUUGGGGUCUCUGGCUGCUCAUCUUCGAGGCAAAAUGGCUGACGGUGAUAUUCGUCGCUGUAAUCACGCUCACAGCGACAUUGGGAAUCACCCUUGGGGCUCACAGACUCUGGGCUCAUUCCAGCUACGCUGCCUCUUGGCCUCUAAGGUUAUUCCUGAUGCUGGCUCACACUCUGGCAGGCGCGGGCAACAUCUACGACUGGGUGCUCGCUCAUCGUAUUCACCACAAGUUUUACAAGACGAACAUUGACCCGUAUAAUCACGAUAAGGGAUUUCUGUACAGUCACGUUUUCAGCAACGUGAUGACCUCUAAUCCCGAGAUGGAAAAACACGUGAGGGACAUUGACAUGCGAGACGUCGACCUUGACGGUUUCGUAUACUUGCAAAGAAGGUUCUACUGGAUCAUAAUGCCGAUCUUUGGUCUUUUGUUGCCGAUAAACGCGCCCGUCGAGUACUGGGGUGAAUCUGUGAUGAACUCGAUCUUCAUUCUGGGAUUUUUGCGGUUUGCGCUCACGGUGAACGUGUCCUGGCUGAUCAACAGCGCGAAUUUGAUAUGGGGCCUGAAGCCGGGACAGAAAUACCCACCGGACGAAAAUAGUAUUUUUCUAGUAAGGAAAUCAUACUGGCCACAUUAUCACUACAUGCUGCCGUGGGAUUAUAAGAGCGGUGAAUUUGGAACAUACGACCGUGGGUGCAGUACGACGAUUCUCGUAAUUUGGGAAACUCUUGGCAUAGCUUCAGGCCUGAAAACCGCCACAAGUGAGGACAUCCGGAACGCACUGGCUAGAGCAGCUAUCGGCGGAGUUAAAAUGGAGGAUUGCCUCCGGGAUGUUCGUAAAUCAGCUGAAGAAGAAGCUUUGAAAAAACAGCUAGCUUUCAAACAUUAGAAAAAGCGCAGAGAAACGGAUCGAAACGUUCUGCGUUUUCCAUUUUUAUUCUCUUUUCUCUCGAUUAUUCUUUCUCGUUCAAUUUCGCGAAAUCGCUCACUCGUUACGGUUUUAUUGUUAUUUAUUUACUUUCUUGGAUUGUUUUUUUUUUUUUCUUAAAAUUUGUCAACAAAGCUAGAAACCGGUUACACUCGAAAGUUUUCCGAUACAAAGUGCGCCCCUCAUCGCAAAUAUUCAUUUUCCGACUAAUCCAGGGGUCUUGGUUAAUUCACAGACGGUUAAACACGUAAAUCACGAAUACAUUAGAGCUAAGAAAAAAAACAAACUUCAAUGAUUCAAUAUGGAAAGUUAGUAAACUAAAUUAUUCGCAGUCUCAAGGGUUACCAAAUAUUUAUUCGAGCCAAAUAUCUAAUGCUGGAAUGAGUCUGAGACUAUAAACCACAAUACUUAUCGUUCAGAAAAUUGAAAUUCACUUGUACUUCGCAGAUAAAAAUAUACCAAUAUAAAGUUAAGUCUAUCAAUACUGUUUCAUUAAUUAUUUGUACAGCAUUAAUUAACUGGCAAUGUUACGAGGAAAUGAUGUGGUUUUAAAUAAAAUUUUA